UUUGGAUGUCAGUCGGAGACUUUUCCCAGAAAACUCUGGAGAUGGACAGCUUCCACACAAGGUUCAGUGCCUGGACCCCUUUUAACAACAAAUCUUUAAAUAGGCAGCUGUUUCAGGAAAGAGUCGCCCUUAUAAGUCACUGGUUUGACCUCUGGACCAACAAGCAACGUCAAGAAUUCCUAUUCACAAUUCUUUUACGAUGCUCUAAAUCACAGUUAAGGUUUGUCCAAAGCUGGUUCGCAGAAAGGAAGCAAGUGGCCAGAGUGGAUUUCUCGACAGUGCUACCACGCUCCAUUUCUCUCUAUAUCUUUUCCUUUCUGAAUCCAAAGGACUUGUGUGCGGCUGCGCAAGUCAGCUGGCCCUGGAAGUUUUUAACAGAGCAGGAUUGCUUAUGGAUGCCAAAAUGCACGAGGUUUGGAUGGUUUUUGCCCUAUGCUCCCGCUCAGAAUGAAUAUGGGGCGUGGAAGUCCCAUUACAUCGCUUGUGUGUCCACCUUGGAUUGGUUAACACCCAGGGAAGCUGCCGCUGUUUACGGGACACUGAAUGAACCCAAAGCGGAGGACGAGGAGCUCCAGGAGAGGCAAAGGGAGAAGUGCCUAAGGAAAAGAAUUUGGGAAAAAGUUGCAUUUCGGAACAAGGUGUUAUUGCAACUUCGACCUCCUUGGGUGAGCGGAACCCAUCGCUCCAGCUCGCUCAAAGCCACAUGCCAGCCGUGGCUCUCUCGGAUGGGGGGCGACGGAGAGGGAUUGCACGAAGCUUGGGAGAAACAGCUGGCUUUGGCAUCUGUGCAAGCUUUGCCCAAGAGGAGCAACGUCUCGGGAAUCCACUCCUACCCUUCCUUAUCGAAGGAAAGUCAGUCUGGGCCUUGGAAAGGUGACGACACCCCUCCCUAUGCUUUGGAGCCAUGCAUCGUAUUAAUAUCCUCGCGGGUUCCUGCAUAUGAGAUGGUGGUGGAGAGCGUUAAGGCGGCCGUCAUCGCUGUGGUCUAUGAGCACGCUGGUUUGACCUUGGAGAGCCUGCUUUGCCUCAUAGAAAAAGCUCUGUGUGGGCGGAAGGCACAGAGCAUGGGGAUAUUUAGUGACGGAGACAGCAGAGAAAUCAACUUGCUCCAAGGUUAUAAAAUCGGUAUUAAAAAUUUGCUGUGUCCUGAAGUGAGAGACUUUUGGGAGAAAUUAGGAAGCUGUGUGGCCACUGAAGAGGAAGGGGGACACGUAGAUUGCUUUGCGCCCCUCGGAGCAUCAGAGGCCGGCCUGGAAGUGCUGUCUCGGCUGUCUCAACUCACUGGCACGUGCUUCACCGCCCCCACCGGCAUCGCCACGGGCUCUUACCAGCACAUUCUUAGUGACUGGCUGGGGCCACAGCGGGAUAGGAGUCCUCCUUCCAUUUACUUCAAUGAGUCCAAGAUGCAGACAUGGUCCAGCUUCACAGAGCUCCUGGAAGAUGCCUUGAAAUCAGUGAGGAAGGAGCUGAGUCCUCUCUUCCGGGACCUGCGGAAGCACAUCGCUGGCCGCCUGAUAGGACAAUUUAUGGUGGACACUUUAAGUAUGGUCAACAUUCUGAAUAGCCAAGAAAUGGCUCAAGCUCUGGCUGAUGGAUUGAUAGAGCUAUCGAAAGAAGAUUCUGACAAACCUCUAGAAUUUCUGUCACAUUUUUUAUUGAAGAAAUGUAAAAAGAGUCAAGAUUUUGAAGGAAAUGUUUCUCUAACGGAAUGUGACCCCAAAGAAACAGUGGAUCAGCUCAGUAAGAAAAGAUGCAUCACAGAAGACAAUUCUCAGGAUGCGAAGUCCAGUCUACACAGGAGUGAUGAGCAUGUCCAAGCGCUGGUUCAGCUGGAGAGAAAGCUCCAGAGAGGCUCAGCAGAGAAACGAGCAAGGGUCGUCGGAGAACUGUUGCAAAGUGAGAGGCGGUACGUGCAGCUGCUGGGGAUUGUGAAGGACGUGUAUGCCAGGCCGCUGAGAGCAGCGUUGUCAUCACACAGAGCCAUUCUGAGUGCUGCCAACGUCCAGAUCAUUUUCUCUGACAUUCUGCAGAUCUUAAGUCUCAACAGGCAAUUUCUGGAUAACCUGAGAGACAGACUGGAGGAAUGGAGCCCAGCCCAGUGCGUGGGGGACAUAGUCAUAAGGUUUGGAAGCCAACUGAACGCAUACACCAAUUUCUUCAACAAUUACCCUGUUGUUCUGAAAACCAUCGAGAAGUGCAAAGAAAUGAUACCAGCAUUCAGAGCCUUCCUGAAGAGGCAUGAUAAAACCACUGCUACCAAAAUGCUGAGCCUGCCGGAGCUGCUUUUGUACCCAUCCCAGAGAUUUGAAGAAUACGUUCAUCUUCUCUAUGCGCUGAGGCUCCAUACUCCUGCGGGUCAUGUUGACCGUGGGGACCUGAAUGCUGCCAUUGACCAAAUCAAAAACUAUAAAGACUAUAUAGAUCAGAUGAAAGAACGUGUCAAGAUGAAGGAGCAGCUACAAGAUAUACAGAGACUGGUCUGGGGGUGCCCUACUCUAUCAGAAGUAAACAGAUACCUGAUUAGGAUCCAAGAUGUAGCCCAACUUCAUUGCUAUAAUGAGGAAAUAAAUUUCUCUUUAAGGGUCUAUGAACACAUCUGUGACCUCAGCCUCCUCCUCCUCAAUGACGUCCUGCUAAUUGCCCAUCGAGACACAUCCCACACUCCAUUUGAAAGAACUACAAAGACAACCCGCCGGUUCACUGCUUCGCUGCUCCUGCCUAGGCUACUCGUAGAAGACAUUCCAGACUCCAAGUACGUCAAGAAUGCAUUUAUUCUUCAUGGCCCAACACGUGAGUGGAUUUGUGCCACUGAGGUGGAGGAUGAAAAAUUCGCAUGGUUGUCAGUACUCCACAACACUAUCAGAAGCAGUAUGGAGAAGUGAGACUACACUUGACAAAAAUGCCGGGGGAAAUGCCGGAAUCAGUUCCAGAACGCCCAGUAGCAGCAAAAUGGUUCUCUCUCACGGAUGACAAGAGGAAGGAUGCGUU